AUGAAAGGUUCGUCUCCCGUGCAGAGUUCAAGUGGUGUAGCCGGCAAUUUCGUAACCAUGACAGAGCUCAGGAACAAGAUUACCACACUCCGAGACUUACUCGAUUUCUCUCCUUGUGUUGGUUCUGCUUCUGUGAGCGAGUUGCUGACGUCGACCCUGAAUGAUCUCUUCAAACGCUACCCAAAGAUUAAGCGAUCAGAAACUAGAGAUGUGCCCAUGAAUAAGACUCUCAAACUUUUUUGUGAUGCUCUGAAAUCACUUGGAGAUCUGUGGACAACCGAGGAGUGGAUGGUCAAAUACAAAUACGACACUUCCAUGAAGUUAGAACAUUUUGAAUUGGAACAAAUUGCACUAGGACUGCUCGAGGACACAAUAAAACUGGCGAGAGAGAGAUUAUUUGACGAGAUGGAUGAGGACGACGACAUGAGGGACUAUAACCCUUCCUCAAACGCCUUUGGAAAAGCACUUUCGGAGUCAUACUCGGAUGGCCCAAUAUCCCUAUCCGCCUCCCCACUAACACCAACUUCAGUUCUCCCAGAUGCUUGGAAAUCGUCGAGCACUGGUGAAAAGGGUUCCUACUCUCCGCCUAUGCUUUUGCCACUCAGAGUCCAAGCAGUCGGAAAACUCAAUCCAAUCGACCUCAAGCGCCUCUCAUUUCACAUGUUCCCUCACGGGACUUCCCUCACGCAGGAUAUUAAUAAUAAUAGUAACAAUAAAGACAGGAUUACCCAAUCAGUCAAGACACAAGAUUGUGAUCAAGAAUCAAGAAUGUUGUUUGAACAACUGAAACCUGCAGAGCACGACCUUAUGGAUAAUCAAGAUGAUGAGAUGAUGGGGGAUAUGGAAAUUGGGAAUGAGGAUGUCGACCAACACAUGGAGACGAGUGACGAGAUUGGAAAAAUCUCAAAAAAAAAAUUCUUCGAGAAAAUAGACAAGGGUGUGAAAAAUUGGAUCGAUGUUCAAACAGUAACCUCACCAAAACCCGAACACAAAAAAUGUGAUAAUAACACAUCAGUUGUUCCAAAUAAGAAUGUAACAAUUCAAUGUUCGCCCCUUCCUGCCGCCAACUUGUCUCCCUCGCUUCCAACUGCCAAUAUGUCACAACCAUCUCCAGUAACAUUUCCGCCUUCCAUACCACCGCCACCGCCACCACCUGUCACUCAACGCAAUACAUUUUCACCAACCCCACCUCCGUUGCCGCCAUCUUCACCUUCACCAAACAGCACUCUAACGCCACCGCCACCGCCACCGCCACCGCCAAUGGCAUCAAGGAACGGUGGACCACCGUCUCCACCACCACCAAUGGCAUCAAAGAAUGGUGGGCCGCCGCCUCCACCACCACCGACGAAAGGAGUAAGAGGGCCACUACCGCCGCCGCCACCACCGGCAAACGGAGGUGGUCAGCCACCGCCGCCGCCAGGGUCAGGGAGCCUUCGUCCUAGGAAAGCCACAACCAAAUUGAAGAGGUCGUCCCAAAUGGGCAACCUGUACAGGAUUCUGAAGGGGAAAGUCGAAGGGUCGAGCUUAGAUGGCAAGUCCGCUAGACGCAAGGGUAAAAUUGGAACUGCGACUGUCGGAGGAAAACAGGGGAUGGCUGAUGCACUUGCAGAGAUGACUAAGAGGUCGGCGUACUUUCAACAAAUCGAAGAAGACGUAAAGAACUAUGCAGGCGUAAUUAAGGAGGUAAAAAUUAAGAUCAGCUCUUUCGAGACGUCAGACAUGACUGAGCUCCUAAAGUUCCACAAGUUUGUGGAAUCCCACCUUGAGAAACUAACUGAUGAAACUCAGGUGCUAGCCAGAUUCGAAGAUUUUCCCGGAAAGAAACUGGAAGCAAUUAGGAUGGCAGCAGCCUUGUACUCCAAGUUAGAUUCAAUUGCCAACACCUUGCAGAAAUGGCCAUUUGCUUCACCAGCUGGCCAACUUUUGGACAAAGUUGAGUCCUACUUCAACAAGAUCAAGGUAGAGAUGGAUGCGCUCGAGCGUACCAAAGACGAAGAACUUAAGAGAUUUAAGGCCCAAAAGAUAAACUUCGAUUUCGGCAUCCUUUUACGGAUUAAGGAACUGAUGGUGGAUGUCUCCUCAAACUGCAUGGAGGUGGCACUUAAGGAGAAAAGGGAAGCCUCAGCUAAAGAAAACCGAGACCCCAACAAACCAGACACGAAAAAUACCGGAUCAGGAAAACUUAUGUGGAGGGCCUUUCAGUUUGCAUUUAGAGUCUACACAUUUGCAGUAGUGUUGUUGGUGAAACCUACCAUCAACAAAUUAGUGCUAGAGGAAGGGUCUCCCACAUCUAAGUUCGGUGGAUCUGUCUUGUUGUUGAUUCUCGUUAUUUUCUUCAUGUCGUUUAUCCUCUCAAAUCAUGCGUCUUUUCUACGCAACCCCCUCGUCUACCACACCGUCCUCGUGCAGUGUACCUGUCGUAUCACAUUUAAUGCGCUUGUUGUUUCCAAUUUGUCAAUCAAUCCUGACCGUCGAUUUUGA